AUGGCCGUGGUGCAGGCGGCGUCGGUGCUCGGGAGCUUCCCGUUCAGGGCGGCCGUGGUCGCGCUCUGCGUGCUGCUGCUCCCGCUCCUCCCGUCGCCACGGGUGCCUGCGGCGGGGGAGGGGGACGGCGGCGGCGGCGGGGGCGGGGGCCAGGCGUUCUUGGCCAAGGUGUGGGAGCUGCUGCACCUGCUCUUCGUCGGGAUCGCCGUGUCCUACGGGCUCUUCAGCCGGAGGAAUGACGGUGGGGGGCGGGUCGAGAAGGAUGCUGCCGCGGCGGCCGGGAAGGCGGACGCGAGGUACGUCUCGCGGAUGUUCCAGGGCGACCUCGUGUUCGACGAUGAUGGCGACGACGGCGUGCCCGACAGCCCCGCUGGCGGCGGGGCGCGGUCCUGGAGCGCGCUGCACCAUCCUGAGGAGCCUGUGGUCAUGGUGGCGGCAGGCGGGGGCGGGCGGAGCCACACCGCGGCCCAGCAGGCGCCACUGUCGCUGCCCGUCCGGGCCCUGAGGCCGCAGGACUCCGCCGCGCCGGGACACGGCAACGGCGAGUCGCGUGCGCAGCCACGCGCCCAUGACACCGUGCUCCCUUCGCCGAUCCCGUGGCGGUCACGGUCCGGGAGGUUCGACGCGCCACCGACUCCAAGCAGCCCCGCACCGUCGCCGAAGAGGCUCUCGCCCGCGUCGUCCAUGUCCGACGAGACACUGGCCAAGGCCAGCGAGGAGCACGCCACCGUCCCCAAGCGGAGGAGCACGUAUAAGUCUUCCAUUUCCUCCCUACCGCCCCCGCCGCCUCCGCCACCCCCGCCGUUCCUUGUCCACAGUUACCACCCUGCGGCCGACCGCCGGACCACUGCGGCGAAGAGCUUCAAGGAGGAGCUGCAGGAUCACAGCACAAGAGGCAGAGGAGACCACGACCAUUACUCGCAGCAGAGUUCGCAGAGCUUCAACAGUUCAUCUACUUACACCAACUCCUCGCCGGCGACGCCAAGAAGCUCUUUCGAUGGCUCCUCCUCGUCGCCGUCAUCGCCGUCAGUCGGUAGAUCAGUGAGAACAAUCAGGCCAAGAGAAGGGAUCCAACCCAAAAUCCAAGAAGUGACCGACGAAGACGAAGCCGGCAAUGCACCGGAUAGCUCGCAUGGAUCAGAAGAGCCAUAUGGAUACAGAGAGUACCAAGCCGUCCCAAGGUUCCAGUACGAGAGGAGGAGCAGCGACCCAAUCCUGGGCAUAGUGGCGGUCUCCUCGGACGAGACCGAGAGCAGCGACGACGACGAGGACGGCGUUGGCGCCUACUCCACGAGGACGAACUCGCCGAGGGAGUCGCCGCCGACGCCGGAGGUGGACGAGAACGAGGUGGACAAGAAGGCGGAGGAGUUCAUCGCAAGGUUCAGAGAGCAGAUCAGGCUGCAGAGGAUCGCGUCCAUCAAGAAGUCCGCCGGACCCCGCGGCCUCAAGCACGGCAAGUAG